AUGAGUGCCUGGGCCACUUGCUUGUUAGCCGGCCGGCAUGCACGAUUAUGUCGCUAUCCUAGGGAAAGGAGCAUAUAUAUAUACCGAUGCAUCCCUAUACAGGGACAUGCUGGUCCAGUUUCGCUAUCAUCUUCUAGGAGAUAUGGUUAUACUGCGACCAACAGCAUUCAAUCGGCCUACCGAAAAUCGAAUAUUACAACCCACAACCGCCAUCCCCGUCGGUCAGCCCUUAUUAUUAGCCACGCACAUAGUACGACAAGCCAGGCCUCAGUGAAAUGCUAUACGCCACCAAACAAAGGCCUUAUUUCUUAUUUGCCUCCGUCAUGGAUACCGUACGCUGAGCUGCUACGCCUCGAUAAACCGACAGGUACAUACUACCUUUUCUUCCCCUGCGCAUACUCUACUCUACUUGCGGCGUCCAUUGCGCCGUCCGUCCCGGUCUGGGAGGUCGUUGGAACUACCGGGCUUUUCUUUGCUGGUGCGUUGAUUAUGCGCGGUGCCGGAUGUGCAAUCAAUGAUCUAUGGGAUAGAAACUUAGAUCCGCAUGUCGAACGCACGAAAUUCCGCCCGAUCGCAAGAGGAGCAAUUUCUCCUGGCAAAGCAGUGCUUUUCACGGGCUCUCAGUUAUUAGCAGGACUCGGUAUUCUUCUUCAAUUUCCGUAUCAAUGCCUUUGGUACGGUAUACCCAGUCUUCUUUUGGUGACCACUUAUCCUCUUGCUAAGCGCGUUACAUAUUACCCCCAAGCUGUGCUGGGCCUUACUUUCUCAUGGGGUGCAAUUAUGGGCUUCCCUGCGCUGGGCAUCGAUCUUCUCAAUAAUGGCGCCGCACUGGAAGCUGCUGCUGCGCUUUACGCCAGUUGUGUGACCUGGACGGUUCUGUAUGACAUGAUAUACGCGCAUAUGGACAUUAAAGAUGACGUUGCGGCUGGCAUUAAGUCUAUUGCUCUUCGUCACGAAAAGAACACAAAAGCUGUGCUUUCAGCUCUCGCCGCCGUACAGGUGCCGUUACUCGCCGCUGCAGGUGUAGCAGCAGGAAGCGGGCCUAUCUUCUUCAUCGGCAGUUGUGGCAGUGCGGCUGUCUCCCUCGGUCUCAUGAUCUGGAAAGUCCAAUUAAAAAAUGUACAAAAUUGCUGGUGGUGGUUCAAGAACGGUUGCUUACUCACCGGUGGAGGUAUUACCCUGGGAAUGCUCCUUGAUUAUGUCGCGCAAACCACAGGGUUUUAUAAAUCGGUUGAGGAGCCGGUUUCCCUUGAGAGCUGA